ACAUAUCGGGCGUGCUGGAGGCGAGCGGCCAGCUGACACACACACACACACACACACACACAGCACAGGGUCUAAACGUGGCUAACAGCGUUCCUCCGGAUUUCUCCUCUGCCUCGCCACAGAGUCCUGCAUCCUCCUGACCGAUGUUUCCGACCGACUGAAACACGGGGAUUUAUUCCUUCCGGUUAUGUUUUGUUGACUGUUAAUAAUAAUAAGAAAAAAAAAACAGCCAAAAUCCUGUCUACAUUAUGUUUUUGUUAGCAUUCCAUGCUAGAAGACGUUUGACUAGCGUGUACCCGGGGCCGCUGGGUUUGCAGUUCGUGCUGUGGAUUGUAUGUGCUGUUUACGGAGAGGAGCAGCCCUUCAGCGUGGAGGCAUGGCUGCAACGGUAUGGCUACCUCCCCCCCUCAGACCCUAGAAUGUCGGUGCUGCGCUCGGCUCAGAGUAUGCAGUCUGCUAUCGCUGCCAUGCAGCGGCUCUACGGCCUCAACGUCACCGGUGCACUCGACAAGAACACCAUAGACGCUAACACAAUAAGGUGGAUGAAAAAGCCCCGCUGCGGUGUCCCAGAUCAGCUUGGCGGCGCCUCCAGAUUCAGCGUACGAAAACGGCGCUACGCUCUCACUGGACAGAAGUGGCAACACAAGCAUAUCACAUACAGCAUAAAGAACGUCACACCAAAGGUUGGCGCAGAUGAGACCCAUGAUGCCAUCCGACGGGCGUUUGACGUGUGGCAGAAUGUAACACCGCUGCGUUUUGAGGCCGUUCCCUACAGCGAACUGGAGCGAAAUAAGAAAGAUGUGGAUAUUACAAUCAUAUUUGCCUCUGGCUUUCAUGGAGACAGCUCUCCCUUUGAUGGGGAAGGGGGCUUUCUGGCACAUGCUUACUUUCCUGGGCCAGGCAUUGGAGGAGACACACAUUUUGACUCAGACGAGCCCUGGACCCUGGGGAACCCUAACCAUGAUGGAAAUGACCUGUUCCUGGUGGCUGUUCAUGAGCUGGGGCAUGCUUUAGGUUUGGAGCACUCCAACGACCCCACAGCCAUUAUGGCCCCUUUCUACCAGUACAUGGACACAGAGAACUUCAAACUGCCUCAUGAUGACCUACAGGGCAUCCAGAAGAUUUAUGGCCCCCCAGACAAGAUCCCUCAGCCUACAAAACCCUUACCAACUGCCCCCCCUCCACGCUCUCACCCCCCCUCAGACCCACGCAAACAUGACCGUCAGACACGACCGCCACGUUUACCCACAGGGGACAAACCCAGUCAUCCCAACGGCAAGCCCAACAUCUGUGACGGAGACUUUAACACACUCGCCAUCCUGCGCCGAGAGAUGUUUGUGUUUAAGGAUCACUGGUUUUGGAGGGUCAGAGACAACACGGUAAUGCCAGGUUAUCCCAUGCUAAUCAACGUCUUCUGGAGGGGUCUGCCAGCCAGGAUAGACGCCGUCUAUGAGAACAGCGAGGGCAAGUUUGUUUUUUUUAAAGGAAAGCAGUUUUGGGUGUUCAAGGACACUAUACUCCAGCCUGGCUACCCAAAGGACAUCUCCAUGUUUGGGAACGGAAUGCCAGCACAAAGUAUUGAGACUGCCGUCUGGUGGGAGGAUGUAGCCAAGACUUACUUCUUCAAAGGAGACAGAUAUUGGAGAUACAAUGAGGAUAUGCGGACCAUGGAUCCCGGAUACCCGAAGUCCAUUGCCGUGUGGAAAGGUGUUCCAGAUUCUCCUCAGGGUGCCUUCGUAGACAAAGCUAAUGGUUUCACAUACUUCUACAAAGAUAAAGAGUACUGGAAGUUCAACAACCAGAGGCUGCGGGUGGAGCCCGGCUACCCUCGCUCCAUCCUCAAGGACUUCAUGGGCUGUGAUCUGACACCCAUCGAUCCUGAACACAUCCCCACUGAGGACGUGGACAUCGUCAUCAAGCUGGACAACGAGGCCAGCACAGUGAAAGCCAUUGCCAUUGUCAUCCCCUGCAUCCUGGCACUGUGUCUUCUGGUGCUGAUCUACACCAUCUUUCAGUUCAAAAGAAAGGGCACGCCACGCCACAUACUGUACUGCAAGCGCUCCAUGCAGGAGUGGGUGUGAGACAGAGCCCUGCCCAGGCCCACCCCUUUACUUCAAUUCCCCCCUGGCAGAUGCCAUGGUGGCAAAGCCCACCUUAAACCUGCGUAUGGCCCUGAUCUCCCUCUGUCUUGCUCCAUUUCUCUGAGGAGCAGAGAGGGCCUUUGCCUAAAUCUACUCCCUCCAGGAGAGGAAGGGUGCAUCAUCCUUACUCCCAUUCCCUUUCCCUGCAGCUCAGUGCACCUGCUUUAGGACCAGGGAGGGUUUCAGAUCAGACUCCCAUGGUGCAUUGCGACGUCCUGCGUCAAAUCAGGUCUUAACUGUUUUAAGUGGGGAAAAAGCUGAUUGCUAUAGCCCUAGGUUUUACUCCCAACUGCACGUUUGAUAGAAAGAAAAAAAAGAAUAGCGGAAUAUUGCUCAUCCUAAAAGUUACUUGAAUUCAACAAAUACAUCCUAAACGCUUACCUUUUCUUUUUAUUUUUUAAAACUUUUCUUUUGCUUUGAUCCUUAAUAGUACUUUGAACCAGACAUAUUUCCAAUUCCCUUUAAGCACUCCUGAAACAAAAAAAAAACAAACAAAAAAAAAACACGAGUCCAAACCAAAAAAACACAGCGAUAAGAAGUCGGUAACUCAUGACUGUUCUGGCAGUCUGUCUCAAAAAACAGGGGCCAAAAUAUUCUGCAAUAUUUUUAACAGCCUUAAUUGUAGAUCAUGUUUUUUCUUGCUGGGUCUUUUUUUGUGCUUUGCUUUGUCAGCAAGCCAGUGGGUGGUGUCUAUUGUGUUGCUACCUUUGUCCAUCUUUUCGUUAACCAAGUUUGCCACUGCGUGGUUCUGCCAAGUCAGCGGUUGAGGAGCGAGCAGUAGUGCGCUUAAAGUGAAAAAUGUUGGUGGGAUCAGAGGGAAGGUUUCUAGUCACAUCAUCAGCUAAUAUGUUACUGCUACUAUCUGAUGAGCUCAGUCAGUGUAUCAAUCAGAUAGUGCUUUAGAGAAUAACUUGUUUGUUCCUGUUUACCUGCCCUGCAACAGAGCCGGGAGAGCUUCUCUGAAAGGAACUUGCAGUCAGCAGAGAGUAUGUCAACACUCUUCUGGACUGCCUUGUUUUGGUGGGUGACAUUGAAAUCUCAAAGCCUUGGCACACUGCACAUGGACAAGAGCAUCUCAGGACACUGCUUGUGCAUACGAGCAUUCAUGUCCAUGUUUGUGUCCUCUGCCUGACUGCAGAAGAUGAAAGAAAAGAAAUAAAUCACAUGGUCAUGGUAAAAAAAAAAAAAAUUAAUUUGAAUGGACCCAGAACUGUUAAAACGCCUCAUGGCAUGCAACUUGAACUCAGCCUAUUGCAUUGAAAGGACUUGAUCUGAAACUCCUAAAUAUACAGUACCUUGCUUGCAAUUGUCUUUUUAUUUGUUUUCUUAUAUUCUUGGUACAUUAAAUAACAACAACAAAAAGAAUGGUCUCAACCUCAAGGUACAAGUGGUACGCAAAAGAGCUGAGCAGUCAUCAGGAAUUCUUAUUUUUUUGGCUGAUACUGGUCAUAAAGAAAAAAUCUUGAUUUGUUACUAAUUCAUUCUAACUGACAGAAACUGACAAACAUGUUGCUCUUUGGCAAGCAUUGUUUGAAUAUGGGUCUGUAUCAUGCUGAUGUCUUCUUUUAUAUUUGUUGAAGAACAAAUGAGACAAUUAUGUGUAAGACUCCAAAUGGGACGAGGGAUCUGUCCUGACAGAAAAAUAAAUUGAUUAGUAUAACA